AUGCUGGUGGCGACAGUGACGUUUCUAACCAGUUUUAUAACAUUGAGUCAUGCGCUACACAGCUUUCCCAAAUUGUGUGAUGUGCGGAAUUUUGACGAGUAUUUACAGCAGACGGGUAAAGUCUACAAAGAUGAGCAAGAGAAGCAAUUUAGAGAGUCUAUAUUUAUGGGCACCAAGGCGGUGGUGGAUAUGGGCAAUAAAUAUGCAGCUUUGGGUUUAGGCUCAUUUCAUAUGGCCUUGAAUCCUUUGGCAGAUUUGACGCACAAGGAGGUGGCAAAAUUAUUGGGCUCUAGAAUUACCUUUACGGGAGAAGAAAUCACUUCCAAACAUGUGAAUUUUGUUACCGCCAAAUCUAAUACGAAGAAUUUACCCGAACACUUUGAUUGGCGUGAAUUGGGUGGUGUUACACCAGCCGGUUUCCAGGGAAUAGAUUGUGGUUCUUGCUGGUCUUUUGCCACCAUAGGCGCCCUAGAGGGUCAUUUGUUUAGACGCACCGGUUUGCUAAUACCCCUAUCCGAACAGAAUCUGGUGGAUUGUGCCGAGGACUAUGGCAGCAUGGGCUGUGAUGGCGGUUUCCAAGAGUAUGCCUUCGAGUAUAUACGUGAUCAUGGUGUUUCUUUGGAGGCCAAAUAUCCCUAUACCGAAAUGGAAAAUGCCCAGUGUGGCCGCAAUGAAACCUAUGACAAGGGUGUCUUUAUCCGAGAUUAUGCCCGCAUUAAGCCAGGCGAUGAGGAGAAAAUGAAAGAAGUUAUAGCCACUUUGGGUCCUUUGGCCUGUUCCAUAAAUGCUGAUCUCAUUUCAUUCGAACAGUAUAGUGGUGGCAUUUUUGAUGAUGACACCUGCAAUCAGGGUGAAGUUAAUCAUUCCAUAGUUGUGGUGGGUUAUGGUUCGGAGAAUGGCCGUGACUAUUGGAUUAUUAAGAAUUCAUAUUCCGCGAAUUGGGGUGAGAAUGGUUUUAUGAAAUUGCCACGCAAUGAGAAUAGUUUUUGUGGCGUGGCUAGUGAGUGCAGUUAUCCUAUAUUGUAGGAUGUGCUUGUGGUUUUUUAGUUUUAUUAUAAAUAUUUUAUUUUGUAAAUUAUAUUAGUUAAUGAUGUAAGACAAAAUGUUGUUUUAUUUAGGUUUAUUUUAAAUAAAAAAUUUCUUAGAAAAAUUGUAUACGAAAAAUUAAA